AUGGCGGUGCCCAAGCAGGAUGUCACAGCAUGGAAAACUGUGAUGACCAUUCUGCACACCAUCGCAGUCUCUGGGACCGGUGUCCGCCUAUAUGAUAGGUUUCGCGAGCAACGGCUAUGGUGGGACGACUACCUAUCGGUCGUGCCGACGAUCUUGGACAUCUUAUACUUUGUUGCGCUAUGGAUGGGGCCUUUUGCUGGACACAUCUAUUUCAUGUUCUCGCCGAAUCCUUUGAAAGGGUUUCUGUUUCCCAUGUGCCUGCACAUAGCUAUCCUAUGGACUACCCGCAUAGUUCUUGCACUCUCUCUUUCCCGAUUGUUCCCUCCAAAUAGUCACUCACGACGCGUCGCGUUUGGUCUUGUGGUCGCCUUCUCUUUGGCCUACAUCUUUAUCACGCUUUUCACAAUCCAGUCCUGCAAGCCCCCUGGCCUACCUUGGUACCGAGCAAGCGGAAUUAACUGCGAAAAGGUCUCGGCGAGAGGACUGCCUAUUUUCGUCGUUGGAGGAAUUACCUGCGACCUAAUGGCUGACAGUCUGCUCGUCAUCGUACCCUUCACUGUGAUAUGGCGAAUGAAACUCCGAACUCCCCAACGAAAGCUGAUUUUGGCCGUGGCCUCUGCUAGUAUUUUGACGAUUGGGUCUGCUCUCGCCUUCUCGAUUUUAUGUUUGAGUGGCGUCGCUACCGAUCCGGACUCCCUUCUUCUGCGCUUAAUGAUGAUAAAUAUGCUGUCCGUUAACUCUUUGAUCGCAUGCAAUUUCCUCGUUGUUUCCCUAUUUUUCUACCGCCGGGUUCGUCACUGGAGAACCGCUCGAGAAGAACGGACUCGAAAACCCCCAAGCACCUCGUCGACUGCUACCUCCAGCGCAAAGGAGGAGGACGUACCACCUCCCCUUACUAUCCGCCUCCAUGCGACCUUCGAAACAUCAGCGUCUCGCAGGCCAGGAGCGUCUCCCGAGCAUUACUCAGUAGUUACUCUCACCGAUGUUACAGAGUCGCCUUACGCUUCGUCAUACCACCCAGGCUCGCGCUCUUCGAGGCCUUCGAUACCUUUUUCUUCGAUGGCGAGCGGCGCUACCGGGGAUGUUGAUUUGGAAAGCAGAUUCACGGACAGAGACCCUCCACCAUCAUGGACCUUUUCUUCAGGGCAUUCAUAA